CUCCUAACCAAUCUCUGGGAUAAAUCGUCGCCCCAGGAAAUACGGAGUAGAAAACAUAUCAUUCUAUGAUUCCUACAUGCUUUAAUAUGGGUGCUCUGGAGUAGCAAUGCCACUACCAAAGCAAACAACAGAUUUAAUCUUCUCCCUGCAGGCCCUGAUUUACCGCAUCCGCCAACUCAUCAAAGAACGACGUGGCUACUCCAAGACCAAGGCGCGCGAACUCGCCAAGCUUCUCAAGGAAGGCCGCGAUGAUUUUGCCCGCAUCAAGACGGAAGAUGUGAUCGCGAACGACAACCUGAUCUCUGCGUUGGAGAUUAUCGAGUUACAUUGUGAGCAGUUGCAUGUGCGGGCAAAUAUAUUGGAUCAUCUUGCGUUUGGGCAGAAGAAGAAGGGGAAAACGUUGGCUGUAAGGAGGAGAGGGAACCACGCUGGGAACCACGCUAGGAGCGGGAGGGUGGCGCCCUCGACGAUAGAAGGGAGCAGUGGAGGCGGCGGAUGGGGAUUUUGGAGUAUUUUUGGCCUUGGUGAUGGCUCGCAGACCCAACGACAGCGGUCAAAUACCCGAGAUGCUCAGAGUGUUGCGCGUCCCCCGACGCAUGAAGCAACCGUCGAUGAUGGCGUUGCUGAAGAUGUAGAGGUUAAAGACGGUGCUGAAACCGCUGAAGACAGGGAACCUGAAGUCUACAUCGACCCGGAACUAGAUCGUGCCGCUGCUGUGAUAUUCUACUCCUAUCCACGCCUUCCUCGGGACAUUACAGGGCUACCGGAACUCCGUGUAAAGCUAAUACAAAGAUGGGGAAAUGAAUUUGCAAGCAGAGCACAGGAUGACGAUGAUUUGCCUGUCGAUUUGCCGGAAGAACUGGUAGAGCGGUUACGAGUCCAGAAGGCAUCACCAGUUUUGGUUGAGAAGUAUCUAAAGGAAAUUGCAAGGAGUCAUGGGCUCCGGUGGCACCAGGAUGAAGAUGAAGAUGGGGACGGGGAAGGGGGUCAGACCGUUGAAGAAGACAAUCAGCUCCCGGAAUUCGUCCAAGAAACAGACACACAAGCACCUGAGAAACGCGGGAUAGAAGGUCCAAAGGGAAAUAUGAAAGGAGUCGAUGCCCACUCGCCUGGCACGUUAGCUGACAUUAAGCCAUCGCCAGCACAAGUAGCAGAGGCCGAGAGCACCAAGAUUGGUGGUGGCAUACCUGAAGUGGAUGAGUUGGCAAAAAGAUUUGCGGCUCUGAAGAAAUGACCAGGGGAAAUUUCUUCAGCUUGACGAAUGAUAUAUCACAGGCUCCUGGGCAGGGAGUUGGCACUAGCAAUAUGCUUUCUCAACAGCGUCUAUAUCCGCGAUUAAUCUGAGCUCUGGGCGAAAUCAUUGUCUGAAUGCGAGACAGAGACACGUAAAUAUUACGACAAGGUAAUAUUGUCAUGAGCAUGGUAUUUUUAAAUUCUAUUUUUGUAAGCGAUCUUCCUCAUCAAGUUUGACUCUCUUGAGGUACUGUUCUAUAAAUCCACUGAUACGUUUUACUUUGAUGUGUUUCCAAUCUGUAUUUCGACCCAGGGGAUAGUUAAGAUGCAACGGAGCUCGAAGCCUCCUCUUCUCGGAUUAACAAUUGUUUCUUAUCGAAACAUUGGGUAUCUAAGUCUAGUCUACGUAUGUAUGUAUGUACAUUAAGCUGUGCUGAAAAUAUAUAUAUAUAUAUAUACCAGAAAAGCACCACUACGUCGAUCCAUGCAAUCCCUUAAGUCCCGUCUCAACGAGGCUGAGGGUGUCUUUCGGCGUUCCAGCAGAUGUAUCAUCAGUUUUAUCGGAAGUGCUUGCUUGAAUUAAUCGUUGUUCUGGACAGGUCCAAGCUCUUUGAUUUUCAGAUCCAUUGUGCUCCAAGGAAAGUAUAUACGGGACGAGAGGUACGGAGGAUGGCCGUUGGCCACGCCACCUGGGAAUUUCUUUCCAUAACGCGUAGUAAAAUGCAGCAUUACCGACAAUAGAUGCACAAACGAGUUCUAUCGACGCCCACUGUCAGGGGAGAACGAGAAGGUCAGCAUUGUUGUAGGCUAAAAUGGAGGCUUAAACGAAGCGGUGUGUGAAAGCAUGACGUACCAUGGUGCGAGUCGUCUGCGAGUUGGAAUGCAAGAAGAUGAGCGGUAAACGGAUGAUGGUUACUACAACCACAAUAGUUCCCACAAGGAAGAGCAAUGUCA